AUGCGCUAUUCAGGCCUACAAAGAGAAGUGAUGAAGUUAUACAGACAGUGUUUACGAGCUGCUGGGAAGAAACCUGAGGUUCGUGCCAACUCUGUCGCCUUUAGCCACAGACUAAUCGGCCUAAAGUCAAGCAAGACACACUUUCGGGAUGCAGCCAGACGCGAAUUUCGCAAGCACCAGAAGGUUGACAAGAAAGACUUCGCCGCAAUCGAAGCUCUCCUGCGCAUGGGCUCGCGAAAGCUCGAACUAUACUCUUCCCCUGGCGUCAAAGACAUCCACUGA